AUGACAGAGGCGGAGGCAGUGAUUCGAAAUGAGUCGGGCUACAUCACGCACACAGCCAAGAAGGACUUCGGACCGUUGGAGUUUACGGGCAAGAUCGCGGGUGGGCUGAGGCUCGACAUCCGCAGGCGGGCGCCCCUCUACCUCAGCGACUGGACGGACGCCUUUAAGUCCCAGAACAUCCAGAAAACGGUGUCCUCCGUUCUCUACCUGUUCAUAGCAGCGCUGGCCCCGGCCAUCACGUUCGGGAGCCGGUUUUUGGACGGCACCAAGGGUCAGUUUGGAGUUCUGGAGAUGAUCAUGUCAUCCGCCAUCAGUGGCAUGCUGUUUUCUACCUUCGCAGGGCAGCCCUUGUCCAUCCUGGGUGCCACUGGCCCCUUCUUGGCGUACACGCUGGUGGUUUUUGAGAUGGCUGAAGGAGCGGACCUGGAGUUCAUGCCUUUCUACUUCUGGGUUUGCAUGUGGUGUUCGCUCUUCACAAUUCUCGUGGCUGUGUUUGACCUGUGCGCCCUGAUGAAGCACGUGACCAUGUUUAGCGAGGACAUCUUCGCUGGCCUGAUCAGCCUGAUCUUCAUCAUCGACGGCGUGACCCCCUUAAUCCGGAAUUUCUCUGACGGUCAGAUGAGCCUGACCAAUGCCAUGUUCGAAGCUUUGCUGUUCCUCUACACGUUCGGGCUUGCCAGCUACCUCUCCCAUUUCCGGCGCACGCCGUGGUUGCUCCGACCCAUCCGCAACCUGAUGGCUAACUUCGCUGUGACCAUCGCUCUGCUCACCGCCUCUGCUCUGGCGGCCCUGUACUCCAGCGACACGUCACUGCGCAUGCUGACUGUGGACGCCGAGUUUGCCCCUGCCCUGAGCUUGUCAGACGGCAGCAAGCGGCCUUGGAUCGUGAACCCUGCCGGCAUCGAUCGGCCCUUCCCUGCCUGGGCAAUCGCCUAUGCCAUCAUCCCCUCCAUUGGCUUUGCGGUGCUGGGCUACUUGGACCAGAACUUGACGAGCGUCAUUGUGAACCGGCCGUCGAACGGGCUGCAGAAGGGGCCCGGCUACCACCUUGACCUGUUCGUGAGAGGCGCCCUGACGCUGCCGGCCUGCGCCGUGCUGGGCCUGCCCCUGUCUGUGGCCUCAACUGUGCCCAGCAUCACCCACGUGAUCUCGCUGACCACUUACGAGGUGAAGCAGCUGCCACAGGGCGAGACCAAGGUGCCUUCCAAGGUCGUCGAGCAGCGCGCCACGAACUUCCUGAUCCACGUGCUCAUUGGCUGCGCGCUCUUCCUGGCUCCGGUGCUCAAGUUUCUGCCGCGGUCCGUGCUGCAGGGGGUGUUCUUCUACAUGGGCAUCGCGUCCUUGACCGGCAACAACCUCUUCGACCGCCUCUUCCUUUGGAUGAUUUGGGACUCUUCCAAGUACCCGCAGUACAACUACAUCCAGAAGCUGCCCAUCAAGCGUGUCCACUUGUACACCUUUGUGCAGGUGAUUUGCUUGGCCAUCCUGUACGGCCUCAAGGCCAUCAAGGAGACCUCUGUGGUGUUCCCCUUCUUCAUGGCGUCCCUGGCUAUUAUCCGCAAGGCCAUGGUAUACUUGUUCACUGCGGAAGAGCUGCAGCUCUUGGACAGCGCUGCUGAGGAGGAGGAGGACGAGGUUCUCGCGGCCCCAGACCUGCUCAACCUGGAUGCGAAGGUCCAGGACACCCAGGAUGCUGGCAAGAAAGAGGAAAUCUCGAUCUGA